CAUAGUCGUUUACAACCUCACAUCGUUUUUCCUUAUAAAUAGCCGGCAGCUACAAUUUUCUCAAGUGUUUAUAAAAAAAAUAAUGCCUUUAGUAGAGCAUCGUUAUACAAAAGGUCUUAGAAGAAGACAUAAUUGAAAGAAAUUUUCGGAACAUGGCAGUGCCCAUUGAUCGUAUUAAUACCAAAGAUAUCCUCAUUGAUGAGGUUACAAAUCUACUAAACUCAUUUCCUGUGCAUAUUUAUUUCAAUAUUCGAGGAAAGCUGCUUAUGAUUGAUAGAUCGGAACUGUUAUACUUACCUCACUGUCUCCUUGGCAUGUUAUUUAUUCAUGGCUUUCGUCCAUUAUUACAAAAUGAAGGUAGCACUCCUCAAAGAUGUUUAAAGUGUCAUCUAAUAGAUCCUGCUGCUUGUACUUGGUUAUUGAACUUAUACUUACGAUUGUUUCUAAAAAACUCGAACUACUCUCCGUGGAAAAUAAAAGAGGAUCCCUUAAAGGACACUAAAUUUGUACUUCUUCUAGUCGAGUUUUGCGACAUAUAUAUCAUAUCAGAAAAAGUACAUCAAGGGGUGAACUCGAACGUAAAGGAGAAGCUUUUAGAUCUUUAUUACAAAGACAAUAAUAUAUUUGAAACUUCUCCGAAUUCCCUGUUUCUUGGUAAUAAGAAGGAACGGUCAGCAUUCGUUCAGUUACUGAACAAAUGUGGUAUUAGCAAAGGUGAAAACUGGAGUCAAAGAGUUAAGGAACCGAAAAGAAUGUCCUUAUCCUCAUACCAUGUUACUACAUUAUGUUCUACGGCUAAAAACGCUGGUUUAUGCCAAACACUACUACAGUUUUGGAGAAAACCAGGGGUAUGGCAUGCCAUAUUGGCUUAGAAACUGGGUCUUAUAUUACUAACAACCUGUAUUAUAGCAUAAAUGUUGGUGGUUUGAAAAUACGCAUAAUUUUGAUAACACAGCUUUAAAUGUUUGGCGUCGCAAAUUUUGGACUUUGGAAGUUAGCAUUACAGGGCAGGAUCUUAGUUCAUAGACAUACAUAACUCUACUAUAAUUAUUGCAUAUCUGUCUUUCGUUUAGUCCUACUUUUUACUAUAUUUGUUUAUCUAGUUAAUAUAUAAUUCGUUUAUAGAACUUUCCUUCGUUAGUAUGUAUUUUAUUUGUUCCGGGA